GAGUCCCGAGGCUCCUCCCUCCGCUUGCCCCUGCCGGCAGGGUGUCCCGUGCCUCCUUGGAAGACGGAAGCCGAGGAGGAGGGAGAGUCGGACGAGCGGCGGCGGCGGGAUGGGUGACUCCAAAGUGAAGGUGGCGGUGCGGGUCCGUCCCAUGAACAGGAGAGAGUUUGAUCUGCAUACAAAAUGUGUGGUGGAUGUGGACACAAACAAGGUCAUUCUUCACCCUGUAAACACCAAUCUUGCAAAGGGAGAUGCCAGGAGCCAGCCAAAGGUGUUUGCUUACGAUCAUUGUUUCUGGUCUUUGGAUGAAUCUGUAAAAGAAAAAUAUGCAGGUCAAGAUGUUGUUUUCAAGUGCCUUGGAGAGAAUAUUCUUCAGAAUGCCUUUGAGGGCUACAAUGCAUGUAUCUUUGCCUAUGGACAGACUGGGUCUGGAAAAUCUUACACAAUGAUGGGUACAGCCGACCGGCCUGGAUUAAUCCCGAGGCUCUGCAGUAGUCUCUUUGAAAGAGCACAGAAAGAGGAAAAUGAAGAACAGAGUUUCAAAGUGGAAGUUUCCUACAUGGAGAUUUACAAUGAGAAAGUUAGAGAUCUCCUUGACCCCAAAGGAAGCCGUCAGUCAUUAAAAGUUAGAGAGCACAACGUCUUUGGUCCUUAUGUAGAUGGACUAUCUAAACUGGCUGUCGCCAGCUACAAGGACAUAGAGUCUUUGAUGUCAGAGGGUAACAAAUCUCGAACAGUGGCUGCAACCAAUAUGAAUGAAGAGAGCAGUCGGUCACAUGCAGUCUUCAAGAUCAUCCUCACACACACACUGUAUGAUGUACAAUCAGGGACAUCGGGUGAGAAAGUGGGCAAAUUGAGUCUGGUGGACUUAGCGGGCAGCGAAAGGGCAACUAAGACUGGUGCUGCAGGUGACAGGCUGAAGGAGGGAAGCAACAUAAACAAGUCUCUUACAACUCUUGGGCUGGUUAUUUCUGCUCUAGCAGAUCAGGCUGCUGGGAAGAACAAGAACAAGUUUGUUCCAUAUCGUGAUUCUGUGCUCACUUGGUUACUUAAAGACAGCCUUGGUGGUAACAGCAAGACUGCUAUGGUGGCAACAGUCAGCCCAGCAGCAGAUAACUACGAUGAGACCCUUUCCACAUUGAGGUACGCAGACCGGGCCAAGAACAUAGUUAAUCAUGCCGUGGUGAAUGAAGACCCCAAUGCCCGCAUCAUCCGAGAACUCCGAGAAGAGGUGGAGAAGCUCCGAGAACAGCUCACCAAAGCAGAGGCGAUGAAAUCACCAGAACUAAAAGAUCGGUUGGAGGAAUCUGAGAAAUUGAUCCAGGAAAUGACAGUCACCUGGGAAGAGAAAUUAAGAAAAACAGAGGAGAUAGCACAGGAGCGGCAGAAACAACUGGAAAGUCUUGGCAUAUCUCUUCAGUCUUCUGGAAUCAAAGUUGGGGAUAACAAGUGCUUCCUCGUUAAUUUGAAUGCAGAUCCUGCUCUCAAUGAACUUCUGGUCUACUACUUAAAGGAACACACAUUAAUAGGGUCAGAUGACUCCCAAGAUAUCCAGUUAUGUGGAAUGGGAAUUCUUCCUGAACACUGUAUUAUAGAAAUAACAUCAGAAGGACAGGUUAUGCUAACUCCUCAGAAAAAUACUAGAACAUUUGUAAAUGGUUCUGCUGUUGUGGGUCCUACACAGCUACACCAUGGAGACAGAAUACUGUGGGGAAACAACCACUUCUUCAGAUUGAAUUUACCAAAAAAGAAAAAGAAAAUAGAGCAUGAGGAUGAAGAGCAAGACAAUUCUAUGGGGUGCAGCAACAGUGUCGAGCAGCUAGAUAUAGAUGGAGACAGUUCCAGUGAAGUGUCCAGUGAAAUGAACUUCAGCUAUGAAUAUGCCCAAAUGGAAGUUAUCAUGAAGGCACUCAGUGGCAAUGAUCCGAUGCAGUCAAUCUUGCAGAGCGUGGAACAGCAGUACGAAGAGGAGAAGCAAUCCGCACUGGAGCGGCAGAGAUUAAUGUAUGAGCACGAACUAGAGCAGCUGCGAAGGCGGCUGUCUCCAGAGAAACAACACUUCCGCAGCAUGGACAAGUUUUCUCACUCGCCCAGUGCUCAGCAGCGCAUACGCCAGUGGGCAGAAGAGAGAGAAGAAAUGUUGAACCACAGCCUGAGGAAGCUGAGAGAGCAAAUUGUUAAAGCUAAUUUGUAUGUGAGAGAAGCCAGUUUCAUCUCAGAGGAAUUGGACAAGAGCACGGAGUAUAAGGUCACUCUGCAGAUCCCAGCUUCAAGCCUUAAUGCUAAUAGAAAGCGAGGUGCAGUUCUCAGUGAGCCUGCUAUUCAGGUGAGAAGGAAAGGGAAAGGUAAACAGAUCUGGUCACUGGAGAAAUUGGAAAACCGGCUGAUAGAUAUGAGGGAUCUUUAUCAAGAGUGGCAGGAGUGCGAGGAGGAUGAUCCAUUAACUAGGUCUUACUUCAAGCGAGCUGAUCCAUUCUAUGAUGAACAAGAAAACCAUAGUCUCAUCGGAGUGGCCAAUGUUUUUCUUGAGUCCCUGUUUUAUGAUGUGAAGCUGCAAUAUGCUGUCCCUAUCAUCAAUCAGAAGGGAGAGGUGUCAGGCCGUCUUCAUGUCGAAGUGGUGCGAGUGAGUGGAGCGAUUGGGGAGAGAAUCGUAGGAGGUGAUGAUAGCACAGACUGUUCAAGAGAGAACGACAUACAGGAGAACAAACUAGUUUGCAUGAUUAAAAUACUUCAGGCUACCGGUUUGCCUCAGCAUCUUUCUAACUUUGUGUUCUGCAAAUACACUUUCUGGGAUCAACUGGAGCCAGUUACGGUUGCCCCUGAGGUGGACCCCUCUUUAUCCCCCAUCAGCAAGGAGCCACAGUGCAUGGUUGUCUUCGAUCACUGCAAUGAGUUUUCUGUAAAUAUUUCUGAAGACUUCAUGGAGCAUCUUUACGAAGGGGCUUUGGCAAUUGAAGUGUACGGGCACGAGCAAAGUGAUCCUCGCAAAAACUCAGCUGUGUGGGAUUUGGGAAUAAUUCAAGCCAAAACGCGAAGCCUUCGUGACAGGUGGAGUGAGGUAACCCGAAAAGUGGAGCUCUGGGUUCAGAUUCUGGAACUUAAUGAGAACGGGGAGUACUGUCCAGUUGAGGUGAUUCCUGCCAAGGACGUAAACACUGGUGGCGUCUUUCAGCUCAGACAGGGGCAGUCACGGCGAAUCCAGGCUGAAGUGAAGUCGGUGCAGGAAUCCGGGACCUUGCCUCUAAUGGAAGAAGCCCUACUAUCUGUUGGAGUUGGCUGUGUUCAAAUAAGACAUGUCAAGUCACCAAAAGUUCAUGAGACUCAUCAGGAAGGAGAGGAUGAUAUGGACAGUUACCAGGACAGGGAUUUGGAGAGACUGCGUCGGAAAUGGCUGAACGCAUUGACAAAACGUCAGGAAUACCUAGAUCACCAGCUGCAAAAACUCGACAGCAAACCUGAUAAAACAGAAGAUGAUACAGAUCGGGAGGCACAACUGUUAGAGAUGAGGCUCACCCUUACUGAAGAAAGGAAUGCUGUAAUGGUUCCUUCUGCUGGCAGUGGGAUCCCUGGAGCUCCAGCAGAGUGGACUCCAGUGCCUGGUAUGGAAACCCAUAUUCCAGUUGUUUUCCUUGACUUAAAUGCGGAUGACUUUAGCUCUCAAGAUAACCUUGAUGACCCAGAACCUGGUGGAUGGGAUGCUACUCUCACUGGGGAAGAGGAAGAGGAAUUCUUUGAAUUGCAGAUUGUGAAACACCAUGAGAGUGAGGUGAAAGUAGAAGCCUCCUGGGAUUCUACUGUCCAUAACUGCCUUCAGCUCAGUAAAGGAACAGCAACAGAUGAAAGGGUAUUCCUUAUUGUGAGAGUGACAGUCCAGCUCAGCCAUCCUGCAGAAAUGCAGCUAGUGCUACGCAAACGUAUCUGCGUUAAUGUCUACGGGAGACAGGGUUUUGCACAGAGCUUCCUGAGAAGAAUGUCUCCUCGAAGUUCCAUUCCUGGCUGUGGAGUCACCUUUGAGAUAGUCUCUAAUAUUCCAGAGGAUGCUCAGGGAGCUGAGGAGCGGGAAGCACUAGCAAGGAUGGCAGCUAAUGUUGAAAACGCAGCUUCGGCUGACUCAGAAGCCUAUAUUGAAAAGUAUCUGCGGAGUGUGCUGGCAGUGGAGAACAUUCUCACCCUGGAUCGUCUUCGCCAGGAGGUUGCGGUGAAAGAGCAGUUAACGGGGAAAGGAAAACUUAACAGGAGGAGUCUGAGCUCUCCCAAUGUCAAUCGGAUAUCUGGAAGCCGUCAAGAUUUAGCUCCCCCGUACAACCUUGGCGGUCACAAGGGUCGAUGGGAGAGCCAGCAAGAUAUAUCCCAAAUUUCAACACAUUCUGGUAGUGGGAUGACCCCAUCUCAUACAUCUUUGUCAGGCUCUGCUCAGCAAAACCAUUCCAAUGAUCCAGGACUCAGUAGCCUGGCUGUCUCCUACCUGAAUCCAGUAAAAUCCUUCGUGCCUCAGAUGCCAAAGCUGCUUAAGUCUCUCUUUCCUGCUAGAGAUGAGAAAAAGGGCAGGCAGACCUCUCCUCUUGCCCAGCAGCCUGUCCCACGAAUUAUGGUUCAGUCUGCCAGCAUUGAUGCCAGUGCUACCAAGUUAAAACAGAUUAACCAAGAAGGGGGGAAAGAACCAUUUGAAAUGGCCAGGCAAUCUGCAGAGGCAGAAAAGAACCAAGAAAAGAUGCCCAAAGUGCCUCCACAGCAGCAUACCGCAGACAUUCAGGCACAGGACUCCCAAGAGGGGCCUCCAAGUCCCCUGAGUGAAGCCUCAAGUGGUUACUUUUCUCACAGUGUUUCAACAGCGACUCUGUCUGAAGCGCUCACUCCAUGGAACGAAGCAAUUGCUCAGACAGGUGGUCAAACAUCUACAGUGAGCAACAUCUCCCCACCCACCCCAGCUGUUCAGGUAACUUCUGCUACUGACAUUUCAAUGCAGACAGAGUGCACUUCAGAGGGCUACCCUGCUGUUAAAAGAGAUAAUCAAGCUGCUUCUGACCUCAGCACUGCCCAUGUGAGACCUAAGGACAGCAGCGACGUGAAUGGUAAUGAGCAUCUAAAGUCCAAGUCCUUUGCCCCCCCUGUGACUCAGAGUGAAGAACUGGAUGUUGCCUCUAUAGCCAUUGAUGCAAAAAGCUACAUUUCUACCUCCAUCCCAAAGAAAGCGCUUCUGACCAAACAGCUAAUGGCUUCAACAGCUGGAGAGUCAGUGGGACAAGCUGCCAGGAAAAAGGACCACACAAAGCCCAUCUCUGCUUCAGAAUCAAGAGCUCCCAAACCACAACCCGUCCUCUUGUCGCAGCCCAGCGCUACAGCCUCUCCAUUCAAAAUCCAAAAAGUCAGGACAUCUGAGCUCAAAUCUUUUACAUGCAUGCUGGGGGGAGAUUCUGGGUGUUCUUCAAGCCCAGAGGAAGAGGAGAGAGAAAAGAACCGGGUGAUUGCACAAGGAUUGAGCCAUAAUGGUGCAGAGACAGCUGAUGAAAAACUGGAAGCGGCUUCUGAUUCUGAAGAUGCCAGUGAAAUCCCAGAAUGGCUAAAAGAGGGAGAAUAUGUCACUGUUGGCACAAAUAAGACAGGCACAAUUAGAUAUGUUGGCCCCACUGACUUUCAAGAGGGAACAUGGGUUGGUGUGGAACUCGAUUUGCCUUCAGGUAAGAAUGAUGGUUCCAUUGGGGGAAGGCAGUACUUCAAAUGCAACCCAGGCUAUGGGCUCCUCGUGAAACCAAACAGAGUGAAAAAAGCCACCGGAGCAGCAAGACGACGGAGCGCUGGGCUUAGGUUGCAAGGGGGAGCUACGCCCGAGAACCGGAAGAGCAACAAUUUCUCAGGCUCAGCCUCCAACCUGACAUCACUGACAGGCCUAGCCAAAAUGGAAGGAUCUGCUUUCCAACCUGAGAAGAUGCAGAAGAAUGCAGAGAACAGGAAAUCUUGGGCUAACUGAAAGAGGCUUACAGGCCCCACAAGCUGGUUCAAAAAUAGCUUGUGAAGCUAUCACCGAAGUGGAUGUGCUUGCAGCGUUAAACCAACCUGGUAAACUUAGCUCUGGCAAACACUAAAGGAGGGUUUUUUCUCUACUUUUGUUGCUGACAUGUUAUAUCUUUGCCUUGUCAUGGUGAUGGAUCUGUGUGUUUAGGCUCCUGACACAAAUUGGGACACUUCAUUGUGUGUCUUAUUUCAAAUAGUGAAGGUUGUGGGAGGGAGUUUAAUGGUGCUGUUUUAAAUCAUUCACAGAAUGAACAGCCAGAUCGGUGAUUCAAAAUAUUGUAUGAGUUUCCAGCAGCUGCAAAAAAUUAACUGGAGCGAUUUCCUGACCCGCAACAUCUAUACUUCCUUAAACAUGGUUGGCAGUUCUGUAAACAUCAAAAUGCAGCAUGCAAGACUCCAUCCUUUUGGAAAAGCUGUGUCUGUAUCAGGCAAUAAUGAAAAACGGAUACAGUUUAAAGAAGAAAGAAGUUAUAUUGUGAAGGAAACAGAACAAAAAUAAUCAACUUGGUUACAUGACCUGGAACCAGUGCCUAUCUUGAAUAAUGUUCGUGUCUUUCUACUCUUAUUGAAAUCAAUGGGAUUCUAUCCUAUCAGUGGCUUUUGAUCCCUGUUUUUUCAAGGCAUAUUCAAAUUGUUAACCCACUAAAUAGAUUAUAGUUAUUUUAACAGGACAUAGACUCUGUUCGCCUUCCUUUCCUCCCUGGACACACUGUGGAAUAUUGCUCUCGUUGUUUCUUUAGUUUGCCUUCAGGAUUUUAGCAAAGAUAUCAGUGUUCUCUAAAGUGCUACAGUAUUUAUAACAGCUUUUUCCAGUUCUGUCUGUACUGCCUGUUGGUGACAUACUCACAAAGGAAGAUAUGAGCACCAUGCACAACCUUCACUGGCAUUUGCAUUUCACCAGGUCUCGUAAAGUGAAGGCCUGUUGUUCCCAUACUGAAUGAUCCAGUUGUAUUUAUUUUUAUUUAUUGUUUUAAAAAAUAUGAAAUACUUGCACUUCACAAUUGCCCAUUGCCUGCCAUUGCACAUAGGCGCUCUAUUUAGCGUCAUACUGAAUAGCCUCCCUUUUGGAAAGGCUCCUGCCUAGCCAGCAAAACUGUCUUGAGAUUGCUCCUAAAAUCACUUUAUUGGAACUGUUGCACAUUCUUCUUCAAAACUAACAUUUUUCUGGAGGGUGGGAGAACUGGGCUGGCUUUUGUUGUUUUUAAACUUGAUUUUAUCUUUGGUGACCUUCACUAGUUUUUAAUUUCCUGUGAUAUUUUCUAACAAAUUACGUAAAGAAAAAAAUAAGACUUAAUUGUACAGUAUAUACAGAGCUUCUUAUACUUCGUUCAGUAAACAUUGAGGGAUUAGAAAUUUUGAGCAAUAGAUGUUUAUAAUCUAUGUGAGGAACAUUCAGGAUUCUAAAUUAAUGGUUAAAGCUUAAUAUGUAUCCAGCCUCUCUCCAUGCUGCACAGAUGUGUCUAAGUGCCUUAGCCAUCUGGUUCAGGUAUCCAAGGGAAACAUACAUUGUCAUCAAAGUAAACUUUAAAGGAGGUAGGGACGGUUAGUGCAGGAGAUAAUUAUGCUGAUUGACUGUAAUUAAUAUCAAUUUAUGCAGAAGGAAUAAAAAUUAAAAUAGAAACUAAUCAGUAGUUGGAAUAAUAUUUGGAAUGGGUCAGAAUAUAGCAUUCUAAAUACUACCAAGCAUUAGUACAUUCCUGUCAGCAUUGUAUAGUUCUGCUCUUUUCUACGUUUUCGUAAAGGAAUUUAAAUGUACAGGCAGGUUUUUAAGAUUUUCAUAAACGUUCUACUUUUUUCUUCCCCUGCACAAAGCUGCAAUACGGGUUGUCGGACAGGAGUUUGCCACCCACUAGACCAGUGUUGGAAAACUUUUUAUAUUUCUCUCCUUUCAAGCCUGAAAACAUGGGGAAAUUAGCAACAAAGACUGGAGAAGCUAAAUCCUGAAUUUAAUGUUAGGAAUAACUGUUUUUCAUAAACAUGCGACCUGCAACAACAGAAUUUAUUUUAUUAAGCAAUGAGAUGGUACACUCUAACCAAUGUGACAUCUCAUAAUACUGCCUGGCAUUAUAAAACUCUCUCAAAUAUUUUUUUCCAAAUGAGCUUCACUUUUAUUCUUCCAGUAUGGGUACAGAUGGCUGGCUACUGUGAAGCAUCUUCUUGACUUAGCUUUUAUUAAUCUCAUCAUUUCAUUUAUUGAAUUUGGGAAAAUCCUAACUUAUCCUUUUUAUUGGUCCCUUAUUUGGAGCAUACAGUGUUGUGAAUGGUAGAUCCAUGUUUUCUAUUAAUCCUCUAUUAAUCCCCUUUUCUCUUGCACCAUCAUAUCUUACCCACAGGGUCUGUCUCUGUGAAGAUUUUAUAUGUUAAAUGAUUGAUCUUCGCAGAUUUGAUACAGUGCUUUCACUAGUGUUUGGGGACCAAGCAAAGGAAAUCUGGGUGAAUAUUUCAUUAUUUAUUUUUCCUAGUCUGCAUUCCUUUUUGGCCGUGUUCACAUUGUGAUUCUGAUUGUGUAAACACUUCAGCUUGUGAGUGACGUUACUGAAGUGUUUGAAGGAUCAGGGUUUAGGGUAGAAACUCUGCCACCCACUAGAGCUUUGGCCUGGUAACCCUAACCUGUAUGCACAGGAUAUUUUUCCUAAUCAUGUUACAAAACUAUGCUACAAAAUAUCAGUACAGUUAUACAACAGCAUAAUUUGGCUAACAAGAAAGAAAUUGUGCUAGCACAGUGCGCUUUAAACAUAGCGGUUGCUACCAUGUAUUCAGCCUACUUUGGACAAGGCCUUACACCAGUUUUAGGAAUGCCCAGAGAGCUCUCCUCAGCAAUUCAUCUUGAAUAAGGAAGCUGUGUUUUAGUGACAGACCUCUCAGACUUGAGUAGAUGGUUAGGAUGAAAUCCUGGCUCCAUUGAAGUCAAUAGUCAAACAUCCAUUGACUUCAGUGGACCCAGGAUUUCACCCAU